AUGACUAGAAUACCACGUCUGCUCAUCGGCAUUCUCGCAUAUGCCGCAUCUACGGCAUUUGCUGAGUUCACCAGCAAGGCGGAAAUGUGGCGUGCAGCAGAAUACGACUCGGCGUCCAAAGAGUGGGACGUCAAAACAUCUCACAGCGCCUUGACGCUGGUGACGAGGCGACACAUGGCCGGUGAGACUGGGCCGCAAGUCCGCUACAGCGAGCAAAUACUCGAUCUGGGCAGCUGUGUUGGAGUAGAGAAUGGGCGAUUGGUUUGGGCCCAGGAGGGCAAUGCCAUGAAAGCCUGCACGGGCUGUUCCGUGACCCCUAGGCUUUGGCCAGGAAAGCCCAGCGAGCCUUCAAGGCCGGACGAUUUUGCAGAACUUGGGCUUGGGGAGAAUUGGGAUUCAUUCGUUUCCCGAUGGCUGGAGACACAAGAGUCGUCGUAUUCUUACGACAAGCCAGAAAAUAUCAACAACAAGGCAAUCCUCACCUGCAACUGCGCUGGGGAAGGUGGUCAAUCUUCCAGCUUGGAUCUCGAUGCCGGCAUAUACAUGAGUGACGACGAGCCAAGCGGGCUGCACUGUAGGCCCAGCAAUGACAGAGCUAGUGUUAGCCAUGGUAUCGCAGACUAUCGUUACCGCAAGCGAGAUUUUGACGACGAGCACAACGUCGCGGUCGACGAGGAUGAUGGAGAGAAGGCCACCCGACAAAAGCGCUCCUUUCUCCUUCCUAGUCUACUUAACAACAUUACAAACAUCUUGAAAGACCUCGACAUGGACAAGGCUUGUGCGGACUGGAGGGUCGUCGACGAAAGCUCGGGAAAGCGUAUGCUCCAUGCGUACUGCCCCGUACAAGGCGCAUCUAAGAGCACCAAGCCGCUGUAUGCGGUAUCGAAACUCGAUUUGGACAAUUGCUUGGUCAAUGACAAUGGAACAGUGAGAUUCCAAGAAUUCGGCAACGGCAUGCGAACCUGCGACCCCUUCUUCGACACGCGCGGCAGGGCCGAGUGGACGACGCGCUGCCAGGCCCAGCUCGCCAUGCCCAACUCGACUACCAGGGCCUCCAUCACGGACGGGCUCGACAUCGCGGGCAGGUUCAAGUGGAGGAACCACUCGCUGUCCUGCUUCCCGGGCGUGCCGUCGGCAGAAACCAUCGUGCCCAUCGACUGGGCGUGCAAGAAUGUCACUCUGUCGAGGGACGCGCCGGGCGUCAUCUCGGCCGAUUGUCCCGCUGACCUCGGCCUGGACGACUAUGUGCGGAGCACCAUCGACCUCAACCGCUGCAUCGGGCUCAACGCGACGGAGCCUGGCUGGCCAGUUGCGGAGAAAGAUGGCAACGCGUUCGAGUAUUGCAAGGACUGCGAGCUCAACUGGAGAAACGACACCGUUGGCUUCUGGGAAAGCAGCAAGACGGAGGUCAAGUCGGCAGUAUUGAUGUGUACCUGCCGAACCAAGAACGCCACGACAUUCCUCCAACGCCCGACCGUUUUCAUCCGUCUACAAGAUCACAUUGGCUGGUCGCCCUAUACCUUUCGCCCGGUUUGUCUGAAUGGAACCGUCGAGGGGAACAGGCUGAUGCACAAGGAUCCUUUGACAAAGGCCAACUAG